UCAACGGCAUUUUGUAGAACUAGUUAUUAAACAAAAACUUGAGAAAUUUAGAAAACGUUUUCGUUUCGCAAAGUAGAAUUCAUUGUGGUUUGUGCACAGACUAUUUUUUUUUUUAGUGUCAAAUUUAUUUUGGUGUUGACAUUUAAGGAAAUUUAUCUUAUUAUAUGUGUUGCCAUUGCUAACAAAAAAGAAUAACAAAAGACUAUCUAUCUCACAUUUAAGUUACUUUCUAUCUUCUUCUUUUAGCAUACAUUGUUUUAUAUGUUUCUAAAGCCAAUUAAAAUACAAUAAGUGGUGUGGUGUAGAAAGAAUAGCAAAAUUUGCUGUCAAAGUUGUAUUAUAGAAAAAAAAAAUUAGAUAAUAGAAAUAAAUUUAUUCCUAAUUAUUCUGCAAAAUUGUAUCACAGAAAUAGAAAAACCAUUUAAAAUUUUAAUAAAUGCAUAUAAAAUUUCGACGAAAAUUUGAUAAUAAUAAUAGAUUAAGAGCACAGCUUCUGCAUAGCAAGAACUCAAGAAAAAGAAACUCAACCACAUUUUACUCAACAGUGAAGCUUGAAAACUUGUAUGUUUUUCAAUUAAUGAAUAACUAAACAUAAUUUUUGGGAAUUGGAUUUAUAUUGAACUCAAAGCAUUAAAAAAAUAUAGAAACAUUUGGCUGUAUAUUAUGUGAAUAUUCCGCAUAAUUUUUCAAGGUAGAAAAGAAAAAAAACUCGAAAAAUCGAUUAUCUAUAUAUAAAUACACAUACAUAUACAUAUAUGCAUUUCCCUUGAUGUUUAUUACUAGAAGAAAGGCUUGCGGGGUAAAGGUGUGCAUAAUUCACAAAGAAUUUUGAUAUUAAUAAGAAGAUAAAGAACAAAGAUAGGUACUACACCCAGUUAAUACGUAUUUUUAUUACCAUUUAUUAAACAUCUUGGCGCAUUUUAAAUUGGAAAAUCUGUACCGGACAAUAAAUUAUUGAAAAGAAAAAGCAAUGAUGGCGGAAAAAACUGUUUUUAAUGGCGUGCAAGUGUUUAAAUUAAAUGAAGAUUUUCAACUUAUAAAAAAAUAUAAUUGUUUGACGAGUGUAUUUUGCACAUAUGAUCCGCAAGGAGUCCUAAUAAAACUUAGUAGUGAUGAAAACUCUUUGGUGUCUGGGGAAUACUUAUUAUCAUCUGAAGCAGAGGUAGCUUGUCUUGGAGCUAAAGGACAUGUACUCAAUGUUGAUAAUCAUGAAUUUGUUCUUAAAUUUCAGUCAGAAUCAGAUAAUCAAAAAUUUCGUAAAUUAGUCGACAACGUUAAGCGAAUCCGCCCUAAAUCAGUAUUUUCACAACGAACUGAAGAGUCUUCCGCAUCGCAGUAUUUUCAGUUUUAUGGUUAUUUAAGUCAACAGCAAAAUAUGAUGCAAGAUUAUGUCAGAACGAGUACCUAUCAAAGAGCAAUAUUAGGAAACUUAUCUGAUUUCAAUAACAAAGUUGUUUUAGAUGUUGGGGCUGGAUCAGGUAUUUUAUCAUUUUUCGCAGUUCAAGCUGGAGCAGCAAAAGUUUAUGCAAUUGAAGCAUCGAAUAUGGCCCAAUAUGCUCAGCAAUUAGUUAACGCAAAUCACGUAUUGGAUAAAAUAGAAGUUAUUCCGGGAAAAAUUGAAGAAAUAGAAUUACCGCAACAAGUUGACAUUAUAAUAUCAGAACCAAUGGGUUACAUGUUAUAUAACGAAAGAAUGUUAGAAACGUACUUGCAUGCUCGUAAAUGGUUAAAACCUCACGGUAAAAUGUUUCCAACACAUGGCGAUUUGCAUAUAGCUCCAUUUAGCGAUGAAAACUUAUAUUCAGAACAGUAUAAUAAAGCUAAUUUUUGGUAUCAGUCUUCAUUUCAUGGCGUCGAUUUGACUUGUUUACAUAAAGAAGGUAUGAAAGAAUAUUUUCGCCAACCAAUUGUAGACACUUUUGAUAUUCGAAUAUGUAUGGCAAAAUCUAUAAGACACGUUUGCGAUUUUUUGCGAGACAAUGAAACAGAUUUGCACAAUAUUGAAAUUCCUGUUGAAUUUCAUGCUCUUCAAACUGGAAUUUGUCACGGUUUAGCAUUUUGGUUUGAUGUAGAAUUUUGUGGAUCAACGCAAGACGUUUGGUUAUCCACUUCACCGACAGCACCCUUAACACAUUGGUAUCAAGUUCGAUGUUUAUUACAAACACCAAUUUUUGUAAAGCAAGGACAAAUGUUGGUAGGACGUGUACUUUUAGAAGCUAAUCGACGACAAUCUUAUGACGUUAAUAUAGAUUUGCGUAUUGAGGGUACUAGUAUUUCAUCCAGUAAUACUUUAGAUUUAAAAAAUCCCUAUUUUCGAUACACUGGUGCACCUGUGCAACCCCCACCUGGUACAAAUAAUCAAUCUCCCUCAGAAUUAUAUUGGUCACAUUUAGACGCUCAAGGUGUAAGAAACGAAGAUUAAUUUUUUACAUUUUAGCUAAUGUUUUAGUUAAUGGAAUAACAGUUAACGGUAUCGGCGAAGCAACAAUGGAUGUCACUCAUACAAUGAUUAAUCAAACGGCAUAAAAAAAUUCUCAUUUAAAUUUGAAAUUAUUUGAUCUUUGACUAUAGCUUAAAACAAUAUUUAGAAUAAUUUUUGUCAUCAUUUUGCAUUGAAAUUUCAAUUUCGACCUAUAAUUUAAUGAGUAAUGAACUGUAUAGUGCAUUAAAACACUCAAAGUAUUUGAAAACUAAAAACUGAAAAAAGUAAAAUAUGAGCUUAACAGUAUAUAAUCCUCCUUUAUUAUUUCUUUCAUUUCAUGUCAGCGAUUUAUUAGAAAAGAAUCAGGUGUAUACUAAAUAUAUAUAUAUAUAUAUAUAUAUAUAUAUAAUUGUAUAUACACAUAUACCUAAACAAUAUAUUAUAAUAUAUAUUAAGAAAAAUGCAAUUACGUUUUAAAAAUUGUAUAUUAUGUGCUAUUAAAAUGAAAAACAAGAUUAAAACGAAGCAGAAUAACUAAGACUUAUAUUAAAUUCAGUCAAAUUAAAAUAAAAAACAAAAACAUUAUGAAGAUUGUCUAUAACUUAUUAGAAGAAUGUUAUUUGAUAUUUUGAUUCCACAUCAAGAUAAUUUUUUUAUGUGUAAAAUUAGAAAUGUUAUUUUUAAAAACAUGUAGGCUCUUACAUAAUAUGCAAUCUUUAUUUUAUAAAUUAAUAUAUAAGUUGAAAUUAAAUAGAAAUAUAGAUUUGGUUCAAAUAUUUAUUUGUAUAAGAAAACUUGCUAUAUAAAUAAACUAAAAUAAAAAUAUAUAAUAUUAUAAAUCGAUAUUAAAAACUCGAUCUAAAUUUCAAAAACUCCCAUAAUAACGUAAUCAAGCAUUUU